AUGGACGUUGCUAAUGGUGGUGACGAAGAGGCUGAGCCUGGAUACAACGAUGGCUCCCUCCCAACGAGUCCCUCGAGUAAAACCGAUGUGAGUCCAAUCGAGUACUACGAAAACCGGCCCGAAGACCUGGCCGCAUUCGUGCAGGUUCGUUCUGAGAGUGCAAGAGUCGAGGUACCCUACUGA